AUGGGUGAUACCAACAAUGGCUCUACUACAUUAACGUAUGAAUACAGACGCUCGUUGCGAUCCGAAGACAUACUGACCCUGACGGUAUGCCUCACUGUCAGCUCGUGUUGUGUUGCAAUGCGCCUGUAUUCGAAGAUCUCCAUCACACGAGCUCCGGGAUGGGAGGAUUUGACUUGUUUCAUGGCUUGGCUUGGCCUGAUAGGAUAUGGCGCCAUCACCUUCGAAACAGAUCGACAUGGGAACGGCAUUCACCAGUGGGCCGUCGCUGCUUCCGAUCUGAGAGAAUUCUCCAAGCUAGCGAACGCCUCACAGGUCCUCUACGGCCCUUUGAUCUAUAUCACUAAGCUAUCCAUUCUACUCUUAUAUCUCCGCCUCUUCGCGCCGUCAAAGCGCAACACCCCUUUCUGGCUCAUCCAAACCCUCAUCUGGAUGAAUUUCCUCUUCUACUUAGCCGACACCAUCGUCAAGAUCUGUGAAUGCAAACCUCGCGCCAAGAUCUGGGACCAAGACAUCCCCGGGCAGUGUAUCAACAUCAACAUCCCGAUCCUGGUUACGUCCAUCGUGAACGUUGUUUCGGACUUUCUCAUGCUCCUGCUUCCCAUUGUUUGUGUCUGGCGCUUACAGAUGACAUGGUGGAAGAAGAUGAGCCUUUCGGCUGUAUUUGCAGCCGGCAUCUUUGCUUGCAUCUGCAGCGUGAUGCGUCUCGUAGUCAGCGUCCGAAACCGCACCACGCGGGACAGAACGCAUGACUGGUUUCCGGAGUUCCUAUGGACCACCGCCGAGAUCACCUCAGGGAUCGUCGCUAGUUGCCUGCCCGCGCUGCCAAGUUUCUUCAAGCAUUCGUCCCAGAAAGCCAAGGCUUGGGUAUCGAGCAUCGGCACGGGGAGCGCUUCCACGCAGGUGAAGGGACCCCUUGCCGCCAUCGACCAAAGACCUGGACCGGGACCGGGGCCGGGACCUGCAAUGCGUACUAUUCCGCAGCGGCUCUGGAGAUCUGGCUACGACUUCACAAGUACUACGGAGUCGACGGCAGAUAGCUACUGGGAGAUGAGGGAUGUUGGGGCUUAUCGGGGCAUGUGCUAUACCACGACGGAGGCCACUGCCAAUCGGAGUGUACCAGAGGCGAUCAAUGUGGAUGGCCUUGAUCCGACAAGUGAGGAAGAGCAAAGGCCCAGAGCCGGGAUCUUGAAGAUCGUCGAGGUAGAUAUUGAGACUGGACCUGAGACGGAGCGAUGA